AUGAUCCUGCCGUCGCUGACGCUCGGACUGAUCGAGUGGACGGUGCUGAUGCGCGUGCUGCGCUCCGACCUGCUGACCACGCUCAAGGAGGAUUUCAUCCUGCUGGCGCGCGCCAAGGGCCUGCCGCCGUGGCGGGUCCUGCUGCAGCAUGCGCUCAGGCCCUCGUCGUUCACGCUGAUCACCAUCCUCGGCCUCAACAUCGGCGGCCUGAUCGGCGGCGCCGUGAUCGUCGAGCAGAUCUUCGCCCUGCCCGGCGUCGGACGGCUGCUGCUGGGCGGCAUCUUCAACCGUGACCUGAUCCUCGUGCAGGGCACCGUG